UGGAGGGGGGUGGGUGGUGACAUAUUGUAGCGGUUUGUGUGUGUUGGUGUUGUGGGGCGGAGGAGGGAGGCGGUGGGUGAGGCGGUGGCGUAAACGCAUGUCCGCCAGACAGAGCAUCCUGAGGGUGUCCAGCAGGGGGACAGCUGGGGGUCUGCAGCCUCCUUUAAGAGCCGAGCCAGUCCCAGGAACGCACACUUGUCGUGCGUAAAGGCUGUGCGUAAAAGUCAGCGGACCACCUGAAACUUUCUGUAGUUUUUCUCCCACUGUUCACUCCGUGUUGCGAUUUGAAUUGAACCUUCUUCGAGGGGAGAGCACUGAACGGAGACGCCGAGGAUUAAAACACACAUUUUCCUGCAUUUCUUCAAGGUUUUAUCUCCAUCACUGCCGCCAGUAUGAUGUCCUAUCUGAAGCAGCCGCCGUACACGAUGAACGGACUGGGCUUAUCUACCUCAGGCGUGGACCUGGUGCACCCUUCACUGGGAUACCAAGCAACGCCCCGCAAACAGAGGAGAGAGAGGACGACCUUCACUCGAGCCCAGCUCGACGUUCUGGAAAACCUGUUCUCCAAGACCCGUUACCCCGAUAUCUUUAUGCGAGAGGAGGUGGCCCUGAAGAUCAACCUGCCCGAGUCCAGAGUCCAGGUUUGGUUCAAAAACCGGAGGGCCAAGCAUCGGCAGCAGGCCCAGCAGAGCCAGACAGGAGUGCAGAACAAGGCCGUGAACAGGCCGGUCAAAAAGAAAGGAUCUCCGCUCAGAGAAACCGGUUCAGAGAGCGGAGCCAGCGGCCAGUUCACGCCGCCCUCCAGCACCACCCUCCCGUCUGUGAGCAGCAGCGCAGCACCGGUGUCCAUCUGGAGUCCGGCCUCCAUCUCGCCUCUCCCUGAGCCUCUCUCCGCAUCCUCCUCCUCUUCAUCAUCUUCCUCCUGCAUGCAGCGAUCAUAUCCCAUGACCUACAGCCAGGCCUCGGGCUACAACCAGGGAUACACGGGCUCCUCCUCUUACUUCACCGGGAUGGACUGCGGCUCCUACCUCUCGCCUAUGCACCAUCAGCUUUCCGCCGCCGCCGCCCUCGACGUUCUGGAAAACCUGUUCUCCAAGACCCGUUACCCCGAUAUCUUUAUGCGAGAGGAGGUGGCCCUGAAGAUCAACCUGCCCGAGUCCAGAGUCCAGGUUUGGUUCAAAAACCGGAGGGCCAAGCAUCGGCAGCAGGCCCAGCAGAGCCAGACAGGAGUGCAGAACAAGGCCGUGAACAGGCCGGUCAAAAAGAAAGGAUCUCCGCUCAGAGAAACCGGUUCAGAGAGCGGAGCCAGCGGCCAGUUCACGCCGCCCUCCAGCACCACCCUCCCGUCUGUGAGCAGCAGCGCAGCACCGGUGUCCAUCUGGAGUCCGGCCUCCAUCUCGCCUCUCCCUGAGCCUCUCUCCGCAUCCUCCUCCUCUUCAUCAUCUUCCUCCUGCAUGCAGCGAUCAUAUCCCAUGACCUACAGCCAGGCCUCGGGCUACAACCAGGGAUACACGGGCUCCUCCUCUUACUUCACCGGGAUGGACUGCGGCUCCUACCUCUCGCCUAUGCACCAUCAGCUUUCCGCCGCUGCCGCAGCGGGCGCCGCCAUGAAUACCAUGAAUAGCAGCGGCGUGUCCGGCCACCUGAACCCGGCCUCCACGCUCUCCUCGUCGGCGUACGGAGCGGCGGGACUCGGUUUCAGCAGCGACUGUCUGGACUACAAGGACCAAACGGGUUCCUCGUGGAAGUUCAAUUUCAACACGGACUGUUUGGAUUACAAAGACCAAUCUGCGUGGAAAUUUCAAGUUUUGUGAAUAAUAAAAAAUAAAAAAUAAAAAACUAAAGGGACAUUUCCACAAACUGCAGAGAAGUCAGUGGUAGAGUUGCAGGCUGUGGCCCCUUAAGGCCCUCACUUCUACCUCGGAGCAGAGCUGCCCGUCUGGUGUCUCAUCCUGUUCAUGGUCAUUUACCAUUCAGACUCAGUUGUCCAACUUUGAUCAAGGACAUGGAACAAAUGUGUUGACAAAGAGAGACGAGGAUCAGAAGAAAGAGCAGAAGGAAGCAGGUCUACCUUGGCUGAGUUUGAGGAAUAGGUCCGGUUUUCUUCUAAGCUCCUUAAAAGACUGCUGUUUUUUUUUUUGUUUUUUUUUUUUUGUUGUUGGCACAAAGAAGCUUUGAUCAAAGCUCAGUGCGUGUGUGUGUUAGAAAGAGAAAAGGAGAGGGAAAUGGCAGCUCUGACAUAAACCUGGAUGCACUAUUUAAUUUAUGAAAAAUAUGUUUAAGGCUAGUUAUACAAGACAAUCAGUUUGUUUGUGUGUUCUCAUAAAUGUCCUCUGAGUGAGUGUGUAUGUGAUUUGUGUGUGUGUUCUCUAUGAUUUAUUACAUUUUUAGUUAGAUUUUUGUAACUGUAAUCCCCUGUACUGCCUGAAAACAUUUUAUUCUGCAUACACAGGCCCAGCUGUGAUUCUGUUCAUGUUAUCCCCAUGUGUUAGCCUAAGUAAAUUAUUAUAAGGAUUCAUAUUAGUUGGAUGUAACUGGAAGUGAAGCCAGUCUCAAUGUGGGCUGCAAAGUACAGAGAAGGCCAUAAACACAGAAUAACAAUAAAGUCCACUUGACCUGAAAUCUCCACCUUUCACAAAUGUUUUCUUUUUUCUGUCUGAUGAAACAGUUUUUGUUCACUGCACAACACAAUGUGUCACCAAGAAGAAAAAAUAAUCUAAGUUGUUUUUGAAGCACAAGACAACUUGGCCCACAUGUGUAAAAAGUCAAAUAUUUGGACUGGGGAUGAUCACACAACUAUCACUACACCACCACACCUCCUCCUCUCCAAUGCUACAUCACAUUCUGCCACCACCAGGAAUGCAGGUUAUGAGGAAGCUGUGCUA